AUGCAUUUGGAUAGUCGGUUAAUUCCCUGGCUCUUGCUCAUUUCGGGCUCCGUCGUCGGCUCGAGAAGAAACUGCUCCAAGGAGGAGUUCCGCUGUUUUGUCGGUGGCGACUGUGUCUCCAUCAAGAAAUGGCAGGACGGCAUCGACGACUGUCCUGAUGCCAGCGAUGAAGGUCCGUUUGCUUCUUUCACUUUACAUUUUGAUUUUCUCGAGAUUCUUCUUUUUGCAAUAGAUUCUUCUUGUCUGGCUCCAUUCAAUUCAAUUCAAUUCAAUUUAUUCAGUAUUCAGAGUAAGAUGUAGAAAAUCUCUGCUGAAUCAUGUUAUAUCGAAGAGUUUGUCAUCACUCUAUUAUAAAUUCAGUCUUUUUCCUCAAAAACUUAAACGCACGUUCGAAAAAAAAGAAUGAGACAUGUCUCUUUGAAAAAAGCAUACCCCAUAUAAGUGAGGGGGCGGAAAAAUUGAAUUGAACUUUUUUUACUACCUUUUUUUCAAGUUCAAGUUAAUUAUUUUAUUGGAGUUAUACGAAACGAAUAAAGAAAAAGGGUAUUCUAAAUUUUUAUUAAACGUUAGUUUGAAAUAUUGAAAAAAAUUAAAUUAAAUUUCGUACUCUAAACUGUAAUUUUUUUCCGAAAAAUUUUUCCAGUGAAAUUUAAGAGUAAUUGCUUUGAAAGAACAUAAAAUUUUUCAAUUAUUAAAGCAGCUGUGUUUUUUUCGAUUUUAUCUUCUGAAAAUUAACUUUGAUAACUCGCUAAAAUUUAUUUUUUUCUCACUCAUUCAUUUUUCUUCUGAACACUUUGGGUAGAAAUAUUUCCAAUCCUUCUAUUAGUGAAAAAAAUUCUUAGCAACACUUUAUUUCGGAAGAUUAUUCGAAAAAUAUUUUUUUGUCUUUCUUUCUACUUGAUUUUUUGCGCCUCAACUUCCAUGGUUAAACUCUAUUUUUAUUUCUUUUCAUUCUCAUGAACUAAGCCUAUUACUGAAAAGUUAUCCGAGUUUCUUGAUUUAUCGCAUUUUCUCUCGUCUUUUUACGAAUGUCCAUUCUGAAGAGGUUCAUAAAAAUCCUAACUUGACCGUGGGACUGUUAUAAUAACACUGAUUAGUCGCUUUAAAUUUCGAAGUUCCCAUGUAAACUUGCCCGACAUGACUUCUAGAUUUAUGGUUGUUCGAUUUUUGGAAAAAGGUAAUUAAGGGGUUCUGCUUUUUCGAAAACGCAUUUGGUCAGGAAAAAAGCCAGAGGCUUGUUUAGAAAAAAAAAAAUUUCUUGUACUUGUUGGACACCUUUGUUGCCGUCUAAGUGGGCCAAUAUACGCGCGAAAUUACUUUCUGUUCACUUUUUUUCUACUUUGUUGUUACUUUUAGGAGUCCUUUUUUUUUCAAAACGGAACUUUGUCGUAUCGCAAGUUAUUUAUAGGACAAUAAUCGCCACCUAGAAUUGAAUAGGGCCAGAUUUAUAGGUGAGCUCAUUAUUUUUGCACAGUAGUAUACCUAUUUGAGACCAUCGUUAGAUUUUGUUUCAAGCCAGCGCUAUAGUAGCGAGAAAAUUGUACGAAAUUCAAUAAUUUCGGGUGUAAGUGGAAGAACAAAAAAUGAGUAAUAUUUUAUUUGCAGUUCACUUUAUUGACUUCCAAUAAUGAUUGUUUUUUAUCAAAGUAUUUUCAACUAUUAACUACUCUACUGAAAUUGUGCGAAGAGGAGUGCCUAUGCCUGCAUACUCCAAAUAAGCUUCAUGCAUUCUGCAAAUCAUUGCUUUGCAUUUUGCCCAGAAGUACCUCGCAUUUUGCAAUUUUUUCGUCUGUUCAAAAGCAAGAACAAAAAAAAAGGCAAAGUGCGAGGAACUCCUGUGCAAAAUGCAAAGCUCUGAUGUACAAGAUGCAGGAAAUGUUUUUUGCAGAAUGCCGACAUAGGCACUGCUCUUUGCACGAUUUCAGUAGGGUAGUUCACUGGAAAUGUUUCCCUUCAUUAUUUUUCAUGAAGACUUCUAAAAAUCGUGCUGCUCAACCUAAGAAAGUCAGGAAUGCUCAUUUGGGUGUCCUUGAAGGCGGCAGAUCUUUUUGCGAAUCUUCGCGGUUUGUUUGGCCUGCCAGCCGCGUAAUUCGUCAUCUAUCUCGCGCGCCGCGCAAAAAAUGCCAUCGUACUAGGUUUGACCUACAAUUCUAACUAAUGGAGACGUUGGCCUUCUCGGACCUGUCGCAAUUUUUCAAGACAAAGAUGGUAGAAAGGCUUGAAAUGAAUGUAAAGUAAGUUUUCGGAUGUAUACAGCCUAUAUUCAAAGUCCUAAGUAAUUUGGCUGGACCGCUCGAACAUUUCGAGUGUUCGUUUUUUUUUUAGUAAAGAAAAAGAAGAAGCUUUUUGAAAUUCAAAUUAGCGUGGUUUAAAGAAUUAUUUCAUUCCCAGUAAUCUGUGUACGCUCCUGUUUGAAGACUUUCUCUUCAAGAACUCGUGAAAACAUUUUACAAUUUUGAAUUAAGCAAUAUUUCUCUGAUUCUGCCUCUGUUCAAGUUUUUAGCUCAAUCUCUCCGAAUAGCAAUUUUUAUCUGUGAUCCUUUUCAAACAGUAUAAUUUUGCUAUUUUCGAAGAUGAUAGAUAACUAAGGAGUGUUCUCUGGAGUUUUUCUUUUUUGAUCUCACCUCAGAUAAGAAAAAAUUGAUGGACCUGACUAUCUUUCGUAUGAUUCAUUUCUAUGCAUAAUUUCAUUUUUCUCGCACCGAUAUUUCACGUCAACGCCGAUAGACAUCAAAGUAGCGCGAUGAAGAUUAUCUCGUCGUGCAAAUCGCUCCCGUUUUCGUUCGAUUUGUUGGAUGUUGUUUUUGGAAACUGUCUGAAUUCGUCAAGGGCUUUAUUUGUCAACAAAACUCAACGAGAAUACUAUUUCAUUUGAAGUUUUUGUAUAUCAAGGUUUAGGCUCAAUUUUUCUAAAUUGGAAAAAAAAGGCCAUGAUUUAGUAGUCCCCUUCCUCUACCGCAACCCAAGACAAUUAACUCCAGGCCGUGUGAAUCUGAAAUAAGUUGGCCUUGAACCGUGUAGCCAUUAAACGAGGGCUCAGGAAUGGUCUUCGAAACGGCACACGGCUAUUCAUUUCGGAACACCACAGGAGGUCCCAUUUCAUCGCUGCAAGGAGCAUUGUUCCUGAGCCACUUACUUAGAGACACAAAUGGCCGCACAAUACAAAACCCUCGUGAUGCGCCUCUUCCCGUAUUGUUCUGCAGUUUCUUAGACAUCGAGAAACUAUGCAUGUAAAUGAGAUGAACGUUCUUAGUUGAAUAGAUAACAUUGUCCAGAUAGAUCGGUGUCUGUACAGAAAAAAUCAACCAAAAAGGCGUACUUCAAAGUUUAGUUUUAUCAUAAAAAUACGUGAAACACGAGCUUCGGACCCAAUUGGAACAGCGUACUAACCAGCGUUUAAUUUUUGUUGAUUUGCGUUUCGGUAAUCCUUUGAAUAACUAUUUUCGAUAUUUCAUUCGUUUUCAAAGCUUCCAGUUUGGUCUUUUGUCGUUCAAAGGUUUCUUUUUUGAAUCGUCUUCUUUUUUUUCCAUUUUUCAUCAAUUUCGCAUGUUUGAUUGAAGUCAUUUUUGUGCACGCUACGAUAAAAAUAGUUAUUUUGUAAGUUUUAAUUCGAAUUCCUUUUUUUUUCUGACCACUUUAGGUGACCAACGUCGCAGAACUCACACAUAGUAUAAUUAUUCUCUUGAGCUUCAUGUGUCUAGAAUACCAGUAUUGUUGCGCAGUUUCGGGACUGCCAAUAACUCGGUGAAGUGUUUACUUGUCGGUAGCCAAAUCCCAAUAAUAAGCUAUUGGAAAGCGAUUUUCAUGCCUGAAGGUGCAAGAGUAGGAUUGAAAUAUGCAACUGAGGGAAGGUUCAGAAAGGCCCUUUGUAUAUAAAAAAAAAACUUUUAGUUCUAUAAUCACUUGAGUUCAGAUAGUCGGGUGGCAGGGAGAACUGGCAAGCAAAAAAAAAAUGCUUGGCCACUUUCAUCGAGUGGCCAAUUUGCAAUCGAGCCAGAGAAAGUCGGACUAGAACGAAACCGUUGCCCAGAAUAUCUGCCAACUAGAAUCCGCUGGAUUUUGGCGUUCCCCGUUAGGCAACCCCGGAGGGAAAGUGAGAUAGUAGUGGUCAGAAGAGAUGAAUCUUUUCUCUGGACUAGUUUUGCCGUAGCAAAAGUCACAAAAUAACACAUUCUUCCUCAAAGUCUAAUGAGGAAACGUCUUUUUCCUGGUUUUCUGGAUUAUUUUUUCUGUGGACGAAAUAGUGUCAAAUAACUUCAUUUUGAGCGUCUCUCAACAUUAUAAGGAAGAUUUUUUGAACCUCCGCUUCCGCUACCGAAAGUGAAACAUGAGUUCCUACUCCAUUUCAUCUAAUUAUCCCUCUAACUGGUUCAACGGUUGGUCCGAGGCGGCAAAAAAGUACUUUAAACGCUUUUCGGCGAUUUUCCCAUGGACCAUGAAACGACAAAAAACAUUUGCGACUGGUUGUCCAGUAGAGCACACUUGGUGUGGAACAAAUCCACUUGCGACCUUUUGCGGUUGUGCUUGGAAUUGCGCAAGACGUCGUUCAACAACCCGCGGCUAUAAUUAUAACCAGCCAUUGUGUUUUUGGGCAUCGGAAGUGGCGAUUUUUUCACUGCGCCACGCUCAUUUGUCCUUAUUCGGAUGGACACUGGGCGAUGACCGCUUCCGCUUCUUUUCCGAGUAGAAAGGAGGAAUUUCGCUUUUUAAUUCGCUCGAGGGAAAGUAAAGGUCUUUCAAAGUUAUACAACUUUCCCUAUACGAAAAAAAUACGACCUCAGAGAACGGUUGGACGUUCCGCGCGUCAAGAAAACGAUCAUUGGAUUGCAACCGAGCCAUUCUUCUGCGGCAAGAGUGACGUCUCCAAAGGUCGUCGCGAGUCUGACAGGCGGCAAUUUCCCAACCAAACAAUUUCCCAAGCAAAAUUUCCGGUCAACUUGAUUGGCCACACACUUUUGUUGAUGUAAAUUCAAAAAAGAAUGAUUAUCCAUUUCAAUCGUAUCUGAAAUAGGCUUUAAUAGAUGAAGAAAAGACAGGGUGAUCUUGGGUCUUCAUUUCUUCUUUCAAAACUGAUACUUGAAAGGUUCGAGUCCCCCCGAGGUCGACCAAGCCUUUCAUCCCUCCGGGGUAGAUAAUAUUGGGAGCUGCAUGCAGCGAAAAGGCUCAAUCUCUGCCAUCGGCCUUUGGAAAGCCGACACCGUACUUCUUCCUACGACCUCUCUUGUACCUGAUGUUCUACGAGCGAAAUUCACAACUUCUCUGCCUAAGCCACAGCUCCUGCCGCCGUUUAAACACAGUUGAAAUCAAUGAAAGUCGAUUGCACAUGUACUCUUACAUGAAGAUGCAAUAAACAGUAAAAACAGAUACUUGAAACUCCGACACGGCCCAGGUCGAAAGUUGGCAUUUGUGUCUUUUUUCUGACGUUGAUUUUUGAACUAGAUCUCAUUUUUUAGUUCAGUAUAUCAAAAAAAUUUAUAGGUAAAAAAAUUAAAAAAGUCGACUCUUGUAUGUGGUGAAAAAGAAUCUCGGCUCUUCAAACCAGUUUCUAUGACAAAGCCAAAGAAACCCUCCAACAGUUGAGGGCAAUUAUCACGUCAGGCGGCGGUGUCCGGUUGCCUCCGAUAACUUCACGGAAUGACCCAUUUCGACCCAAAAGUUGCGGGUUGCAGAUCAAAUCAGUAAUGAAACGUUUAGUAGUUGCGAAGAUUUUUGGCGAAAAAGUGGAAAAUAAAAAGAAAGGAUUUUAGUAAGAACUUUACGCAGGUUGCCGUUGAAAUUUUCUCGGAAAGAUUGUACUCAAAUCUUCUUUGAUUGAAAAUAGAUCAUUAAUAGCACUUUCCUUGGUCACUUGCUCAGAGUAUGCUCAAAAUUGUAGGCAAAGUAUAUUGAGAAGCUCAAGUUCACCUAAGAUAACACGGAAAACGGGGUUUGGCUUCAAAAAAUUACGAAAAUUUUGCUAUUCUUUCAAGCAAUCAAGAUAAUGUUCUUAUUAGGCCGUGUUUGUUAAUUAUUUUCUGGAUACACGAAACAAAUUGCAGAAUAGCCUCUAGAGUUGUUUCCGCAGAAUGUGAGAAGCUUCUCAACCACCCUUCGGAAUUUUUAUUUUGCAUUUUUUUUUUAAACGUUUCUGUAUCAUGGAGAGACAUCUAAUCGAGUUAAUCGAUGAAAUUUCUGACUUUGAAAAAUCACUGAAUCUCCGCCUUUUUUAUUAUUUAUAUUCUUGAAAAUAUCAAAAUGUUUUCAUUUUUUCAGCAUGCCUCCCAUGGCAGUUCGACUGUCAGUUUGGAAGUCCAAGAUGUGUGGCGAGCAAAAAACUGAAAGACGGAAAAAUCGACUGUUAUUCAGGAUUCGACGAAGGUUUUUCUAAUUGGAAAAGGCUGAAAUAUUCCUUUUGUUUUUCGAAGGAUGUCCACCGCACUACUUUGUCUGCAAGGACCGCAGCAAGUGUAUUGAACCUUGGCGAUUUCUCGACGGAAAGAAAGACUGCGCCGACGGCAGCGACGAACGUAUGUUUAGAAGCUCGAAAAACAGAAUUCUCAUCUCUGAAAGUAAAAGUCUGAAUAUCUGUUCUUCUCACGUUCCCAGCUUUUAUUGCUCACGAACCGUGAAAAAAUGACGAGCCGAUCGGAAACAGCCUUGAGCGUACGCUGGUUUUCUUUUUGCUUCUUCAUAAGGUUCAAUCGAUCGUCUCGAGGACAUUGAAUGAACUUUUGGUUGAAAAAAAUGCGGCCUCGUACUUUCUUUCAUUCUUGCCGCUCUUUUCACGCUUAUUAUAGCGGAAGCAAGAGGAACGAGUUAUUACUUUCGGAAAGAUAAUUUUGAAAGAGAUAAGGAAAGAGAAUUUUAUUUCAUGUCAGAAUCAUGAUUUUGAAAAACUAAUUUUUACGGUUUAUAAAGGAGAAUAAAGUUAGACUUUUCUUGUCAAAGCCGAAACGAUUUUCAAACAUACUAUAGUAUUCAAUAAAAUUCAGAACCUUAUGUAGAGCUCCAAAAAGCUUCUGAAAACAGUUUGAAAAAGUAGGGAGGCGUUUCUCAGGAUCUCUUUCCGAGCCUCGAAUUUUCGAAAUCUUUUCUGUGAGAGAAGAGAGUGUCAAAAAAGACGCAAUGCAAAAAUUAAUAGUUGAGUAAAAUCCGAGUACAGUGUUUUGAAGAGUUGAAUAGAUUUUCUUAACUUUAAAAAAAAUUAAUGUAGGUGGUCAUUCCUGAAUUUUCAAAUAAAAAACGAUUUUCAGCAUGCCCACAAUCUCAAUUUCCAUGCGCCGACGGCUCCAAAUGCAUCGAAGGAAAAAGGUUCCAGGACGGGCGCGAAGAUUGUGCCGACCAUUCAGAUGAAGGCAAACUAUUCAAUUUGCCACAAUUCUGAGGAAUCGUUUGCAGAGUGCACUGGGGCACAGUUUUCGUGCAGCUGCGGCGCGGUCCGAUGUGUCUCGCGCGAAGCGGUCGGAGACGGCUCCUGGGACUGCGAGGACGGCAGCGACGAGCUCUUCAACGAUACUCAUGGUCUGUUGGGCAUCAGAAUGAUCAAAAAUAUUCGCAUUUGAAAGUUUUUUGAGGAUGCCUUCAAAUGAGAUUGUAAAUGCUGACAAGGGAACAUGCCGCCGGUUGAACUUUUGAUGAAAUUUCGCAAAAGUUUACUUAACGAGCUCUUGAUUUCAGAACAAGCUCAAACUUCUAGCAAUAAAAGUGCUUUGAUUGAUGAAGCUUCAAAAAUUCUCAAAUAACCAUUUUUUUCAUGAUUUGUAUAGCGAUUGCUAAUUUGCUUGGGAGCAAGUCUAACUUUGAAGUUCAUAAAUUGAAUGAUAUAUUUAUUGAAAGGACUCUUAUUCGUGUUCUCGAGUCAAAAGGUCGUGAAAUACGACCCAGUUAAGUUUAUUCUAAAGUUCAACCGUGGGUUAAGAAAGCUUUCCUUGUAAGUUUUCAGUUUUGGAAAUUUCCCAAAAAAAUUUUAGUACUAAAAUUUUGUGUUGGGCCAUGAAAGGUACGAUUUUAGUGUUGGUUGGAGGUCAAAAAAAGAUAGGUUGUAGAUUGCAGGCUCACUUAAGAAUUGUAAAGUUGCAUGCUUACGACUGCCGGUUUCCUUGAUACGACUGAAGAAUUUCGAUGAAAUUAGCAAGUCUGUAGGGCUUCUACCCAUUACCUUGCGCAUCGCAAUCGCUUUUCAAUGUUUGCACUACUGAAUCCCAUUAUCUUGCGGCUCGUUAACACCUAUGCAUGUCGGUAAACACCUUCUCCAUCGAAAAUUCGAGGAAAACGACUUUUGUAUACAGGGAAACGAACAAAAAAGACAAAGCGAAUUUAUUUACAGCUUUGCGGGUUUUUACUUUUUAUUUUUAUUUUGUCCAUUCUUCAAACUUCAAACUGCGUUUUUCAAAACUUAAGCUAUAACACAUCAACAACGGAAGUUAUCCAAUUCUCUAAGUUCUCUAAAUUGGAUUAUUCCAUAUAUCGAAAAAUAGAUGGUUUAACAAGGAUGGUCGAUUUACUUUGUGGUAGGAAAUUUCUUGAAAACUGGCCAGAACACUCCUCGAUGAACCGAAUGAAGAUCCCAGAAGUCUCAAACUGCACAACUUUCUAGUUUGUGAAAAGGGAAACCUCAAAGUCAAAAAAAACUUCAAAAUCCGAGUUGAAUAGUCUCAUCCUGGGCUUUGAGCACUCCUACCUCCAAAACUAGAAGGUUAUGGGAAUUCCAGAAUCUUUUUCUGGUACAUCAAGGAGCGUUACGGUGAAAUUUCGGGAAAUUUCCAAAUAAAAUGACCUUUCUUAUAACUUUUCUUUUGAAGUUAGGUGCGAUGAAUUAACCUGUUCAUUAAAGCGGAAAACUCGAAGUGCAAGGAUGGAAAGCCACGAAGAUCCGGAACACACACGCUAUCUCUCGGAAAACUGCAGCUCUGUCCAGCGACCGUCGUGAAUCCUUGUAAACCGGAACUUGGCCAGAUUUGCAUUGUUCGUCUUCAGUUCAAUCUCAUGAUUACAUGAAGCUUUAGCUUGUGGGCGGGACUUGGAGAUGUGUCUGCAAACUGGGCACGGUACGACCUCUCGGCUCGGCAAAAUGCGUGCCUGUUGAGCUCCUCGAACGAUACAUGCGAAACCCAGUCACUAACUGCUCCGAGCUCAGCGACCAACUCAAAGAACAGUUUGGCGCGUUGAAAGGUACAAUUUGAAGAAUCUUGAAAGAAAAAAUAAUUCAAAAAUAAUUCAGACCUCGAGAUUUCGCGAAUUCAGUCCGCCAAGUUCAAGCCGAAUUCUGAAAUCCGACGUUCUCCUCAGAAAAUUCUCUUCUCUGGUACCACUGCUGUUAGUUUCAUCUAUUUUUAGGGCAGAGUGAUUUUCAAUUGAAAACAAAACGCAUUUAAGGCUACGCAUUCUUGACGCGUUAGACUUCUUUUUUUUUAACUUCACUACUGUAGAUUAACGUUUUUCGAAAGAAAUCGAAAACUUUUUUUACAUUUAAAUUAUACGCGAAACUAAAUUUUUUUGAGGUCUUAUUUUUCAAAAAGUCGCUGUACUUGCAUCAUCUGCAUUUAUAGGAACGAUUUUUUGAGUACAUUUUCACAAAAAGAAAGUUUUUUUCAAUGUUAUUACCCCUUUGUUGUAAAAACAGGGAAUUAAUAAAUGUUUACCCUAAGGAAGAUUUUUCUAAUCUAUCGUUAUAGUUUCUUAUAUAGUGAUCUACCAAAAACGCUCAUUACUAAUCAGACAACCUCGUAGAAGCUUAAUGAAUAUGAAAAGCUCCUUUCCUUUCAAAAUACUUCUAGAUGUCACGAGGUGACGGGUUUCUUCACAGCGGCGGAGAGGAUAUUCCGUUCAUGUUCGCUGUGGAGACCACCUCGAUCUCGGCUCACACAAUCGACACCUACGCCUUGGAGUCCGACGAGGAUCUCUCCGACACGUUCACAAACAAGCCGCUCAGAGACGAAAACGGCUGCAAUCCGUCUGAUCGGAGUACUUGUGCAGGUAUCAAACAUUUCAAAAGUUUUCAUUCUUACAUUUAUAUAUCAAUCAACCGUUAGUUUUGUUGCUUUAGUAAUAGAUGUAAUUGACUAGACUGUGAUCAAGAACUUUUAAAACCAUGUCGAACAAGUAGUUGAUCAAGUUCAAGGCGUGGUCUUACGCUCCUUCGCCUCGUUCUUCUGCGCGUAGGCCAUCCAGCUGCGCCUUGACGAACUCAGAAUGUAACAGAUCUUGUGCUGGAGCCUGGAGACCGUGUUCUGAUGGAAAGAAAGAAAAAAAACGUUCCAAUCUUUUUGUGAUUUGAAAACAAUGAAGUAUUGGUAUGUUAAUCUGAAGUAAAAACUUCAUUAGAGUGUAAAUAGCUUUAAAAAAUAAAUGACAAAUUACCCUUGUACUUUUUCUCGAAAACUUUCCAAGUUUCAGCAAAACACCAGUCGUGCCAGAAACAAGCGGACGGCGCCUUCAGAUGUGCCUGCGAAGCCAACACUGUGUUUGCCGACGGCGAAUGCAAAGGUUCAUAUUUUUCCAAUUCAUUAGUGGAACCAUUUGAACAUUGAGCGAUCACUGAAUCUAGAUUAAUCUUCUUAUCUUCAGUUCUUCGAGACGAAUGCGCCGAGAAGAGCAACGACUGCGAUCCGACGGCGCUGUGUAUGGACUCGCCGCUUUCUUACGAAUGUCUUUGUCGCGAAGGAUUCCUGGAUAUCUCUCUUGAACCUCGAUCAAGGCCUGGAAGGAAGUGCUUGAAAUGUGCGAUAUCUGACAAUUGUUAACAAAAACCUUCAAAAGAAAAGUUUUCCCUUUCAUAAUAAAACAUAUUUUCCCAAUUUUUUUUCUCUCUCAAUUCAUCCCCAAAAGUUACCUUUGGUGUAAAGUUUUUUCAAAUUUUUUAAUAGAAGAUCUGGAAGAUAAUUUCAGUCGUAACUGGGUCUUUGUUAAAGAUUAAAAUUUUUUUAACUUUGCUCAUUUCUCGCCGACGCGGCCACCAGUUUAAAAAUGAUCAGAUCAGAAAUUAAAAAAAUUAAAGAACUUUCAAUUUAAAAAAAGGAGACUUAUACAAAAAAAUAGGUAUAUGUAGCCCUUGAGGAAUUAUCUUUCUUUUACUCUUUUUCCAGUUUUUUUCCAAUUUGCGUAUUAUUUUUUAUUAUUUGCAGUAGUCAACGAGUGUGCUCAUGGGACGUUGAACAAUUGCUCGCCAAACGCUAAAUGUCUCGAUAAACCGGCCGGUUUCACUUGCAGGUGUGACGUUUCGAAGUUUUUUGGAAGAUACUGUAAAAGCGUUGUUUUGAAAUGAACUUGAUAGCUGUCAGCUUCAAACGUGAUAUUCAUAUUUCCCUUUGUUGCUUUUUUAAAAAUUUUGAAGCCGUCUUGAAGUAAAUAAGCUUUGCUGAUUUUUGAAUUCAAUCAAUGUUGGAACAGAAAGAUCGAGUCUACAAACUUUGUUGAAGGUGCCAAAACGGAUUUGUCGACGUUUCGCCGGAAGGCGCUCGUGCACCUGGAAGAAAUUGUACAAGAGGUGAGUUUUGUGGCUUUUUUCAAGCCGUCUCCGAGUAUUGAAUGGGCUAUGAGAAGCUAAAAAUUUAAUUUCAGCAGUAAAUGAAUGUUCUCAAGGAUCUCACGAUUGCGAUAAAAUGGCCUCGUGUCAUGAUUUGCCGGUCGGCUACAAUUGCAAGUACGAUUUUUGUUUUGGUUGAAAAAAAAGAAACUUUGCUGUGACCGUAGAAUGGUUUCUCACAAUGAAGUUUCCGAAAAAAAAGUCUUCUUUUUUAAAAGGAGUUCAAACUUUUUUUUAAGGCAAUGUAAACUGUAGUUUUGAUCUCAAUUCCAAAACCCGCCUAAAAACUUACAUUCAAUGCACCUAUAUAAUAAUAUAUCAUCAUUCAAAAAACCCACUGUUACCUGAGAUAAUUCUUUGGUGAGACUUAUUGAAAAGUGAUCUCUUAUGCGUCAAUGAUGUUUCUUCAGUGAUCUCUUUAAAACGUGCUCUUAAAAACUUCUUUCACAGUUUCUAUUCGUGACCAAUCAACUCAAAAACAAAUGUUCCUGGGUUUCUCUUUGUAUGAUACCAUUCAGCGUGCGGAACUGUUGUGAUAGCAUUUUUAUUACGUCUUCGGGAAGCAAAUCUGGAUGAAAAAAGCAAGAAACUUGUUGAGAAGCGGUCCCUAUUGUGCCAUGAUGCUGAGAAGGAAAAAAGCCGUUGAGAUUGAUUGAUAAAGAUGAUUGGAAGAAAAAGAAGGGGCGCCGGCCGCUGAGUCAUUUGCUUGAACAAUUAGGGCCAUUGGGUCAUAUUUCAACACAUUUUGCAAGUAUUCGGACCUCUUUCAUGUACAUAAUUACUCAAGAUUCGGAAGAUAUGAUACCUUUACUAUAUCAUGAAUAAAAUAAGUUACUCUGGUAUUUUCAGAUGUCCUUUCGGCUUCACCGACGUGAGUCCCGACCAAACGAAGCCUGGUCGAACUUGUGCUCAAGGUAGGGUUUUUUUUAAAUUGACAGGCGCAGCGAAAAACAAGAAAAAGAUGUUUAGGUAGCUGUUUCUUGCAUUGUAAAAUCUGCAGGCAAAAUUAAAGCAGUUUGGAGAUUUUUGGCCAUAUCCGUAAUUUUCGAAACAAAAAACCAUAGGAACAACUUUAAAAAACAUGUACGGAGUUUUUUUUUCGCUUUUCUCACCUAAAAGAAUCAGUGAGGGAUGAAUUCAAAUAAAAUGUUGGAGCUUAAUAAUUUUUCUUAUAUCCGAAAAAAACCUUCUUUUCAAAUUUUCACUUUCAUGUUUUUUUUGCACAUUGUUUUGAACAAUAACUGCACCUCCCGGAAGUUGGAUUCUCUCUUUUGAAUAAAGUGAAACGUGAAUGAAUUGAGUGGAAAAUCCCGCGGAUCCGAAGAUCGCAUCGUUCAGAUAAAAGGCACCUGAACGGUUUAUUGAAUGGGAAAGGAGGGUCAAUUCGGUCUGAAACGUUCGGCGACCACUUCAACAACGGAACUGCCUCAUAGUUGAUAAUCAUAAUAGAAUCACUUCUUCUUUAAAUUUCGACUUCUUUUAGCUUCUUAUUUCGAUUUUUCAACAAUCUUUAAAUCAGGUCAAAUCAGUGAAGAAGAUAUUCAAUAAAAAAUAUUAUACUCAAUUUCCUUUACCUUAAAAAAAACCCGUGAUUUUAUUUGGAUGGAGCAACGCGUAACUACUGCGAUGCAGUUUCCAGUCCCGGAGCAUUAAAAAAUUUUUCAUUAGUUAAUUUUUAAUUGCAAAGCGACCGCGACGCGUUAAGUCACUCCACGUGCGACCACGAUGAUUUAAAACGAAUAAAUUAAUUAUAUCCUCAGAAGAAAGCUAUUUUUCCAGUAUCGCUAGACUGUGCUGGAUGCAACUCGACGAGAGCGCACUGUGUCUCGACGAAAGGCGGAAGUCUCGUCUGUGCUUGUCUGCCUGGAUACGUCGACAUGAGUCCAAUCACUCCUGGCCAGAACUGCCAGCCUCUUAAAGGUGAUUCAACUUCAUUCUUGUACCCAUCGCAUCUGGAAGAAAUGUCUUUCUAACUCCGAAAAAAGAUGAAUUUGAAACAAAAGACGAGGUCAGAUGGAUGAAAGCGACCCUGAAAAGGUGGUCAAACGGACACCUGCCGUCCGCGAUUUCUCACUGUCAAAACUCUUUCUUGUGCAGAUUCAUGUUCGUUUUUGAGUUGAAUUCGGAAUUCGGCAAAGUUGCGAUGACUAGAUGGUUUGUUCUGGACGAGGCCUACGCAGUAUUGACUUUGAGAGUGAAAGUCGUGUAUUUCCCUUGCUUCUGAUCUGCUUUGUCUGGGGUGUCAAUGGCCAAUAGCCAAUCACUCCAAUGAAUCACCUUUGGGCGUCUAUCGGAACAUGCAAACAUACAAAACAACCUUUUGAUUCGCAGAGGAUUGAAAGACAACAACAUGCUAGAAUUGAGUAUUUCUUUUUUUUUUUUUGGCUUAUUCCUACAGUAACGACUAAAUUUUGAUGCGGAACCCAGAAAAGGAGAAUCUACUGUAUUAGAACUUCUCCGAAAAGGACAAGUUAACCAGACAGUGAGAAAUAUGAGAGGGCAAAUUGCGAGGAUUAACACGCGUUCCUCGGAAGCCUUUACCGGUUGGCAGGCGGCGAAAUUUCGUUGAGGAAGCCGUCGAAUGACCGGUCCAUCCGAGGUGUUCACGCUUCACGAGAGCUCGUUUUUCUUACAGCGCUUCCUGGAGAUUUCACACUUUCUCCGCUGUAGCUUGGAUUUCAAAAUAAUACAAAAUAAGAUCCAAAAGUUAUUAAGGACACAAAAAAUAUUGGUACUCUGUGAAAGAACUAGAAGUAGAUACAUACUAUUGUACUUUAUUUGUCAGGCUUCCUGACAAAAAGUCGUAGCUUUUACUAUUUUUUGUGUGCCGCCUCAUGUUUCACUAGUAUCAGUAUUUCUUGUAUGAAUUUAUUCUGAUUAGUAAACUUUGGGGAUGAAAUAUUGAACAGUGUUUCUCAAAAGGGCAGGAUACAUGUUCACUUGAACUAUUUCGUCGUGUCGCGCUAGUAGGUCGACUCCAAAACGGACCCGAAAUCAACUUCUCCUUCUCCAUCUUCGUUCUGAUGUUGUCAAUUGACCCCUCCACCGCAAUUGGCCUUCGGAAUGACGGCGCCGAGGGAGGGGAAGGAAGAACAGACGUCAGCAGCCAAGUUCCGCCAGGCCACGCCUCCAUUUCAACGUUCGAGCUAAGCCUGUAG